GGAGCCCACUAAUCUGCUCAGCCAACCAGUUUGGGCACUUGGUGUCCGCUGUCCCUGCUGUCCCUGCCAGGCAGGCUCAGGGUGAACAUGGAGCCAGCGGUUGGGACCACACUGGGGACCCGGCUAGCACUCCUGGCGCUGGUGCUGGCCGCCUGCGGGAAGCUCGCACUGGCUCUGAAGUGCUACACCUGUCAGGAGCUCACGAGUGUGUCCAGCUGCAUCAGCAUCGCCACCUGCAACGCUAAUGAAACCAUGUGCAAGACCACAUUCUACUCCCUGGAGACCGUGUACCCCUUCCUGGGGGACUCCACGGUGACCAAGUCCUGUGCCAGCAAGUGUGAGCCCUCGGAUGUGGAUGGCAUCGGCCAGACGAGGCCAGUGUCCUGCUGCAACACAGAGCUCUGCAAUGUGGACGGGGCAUCUGCCCUGGAUGGUUCCUGUGGCCUCGCCUUGGCCCUGGCCCUGACGCUUAUCCCCCUCUUGAGGCUCUGACUCUAGACCAC